UUUUCCAGUCACCCGCGCCAAGCGCGGCGCUUAACAAAAGUUGUUACAUUUGGCAAAGAUAUCAACUUUAAAACUCGCACUUUUGUAUCGCCAAGGUGUACAAGGUUGGCGAGGGAGAAGGAGGAGAGGCUGGGAAAGAUGACGUUGCCUCCCGAGAAGGUGUCGGAGCUGAGGCAAAUCAUCUACGAUCAGCUAAAUCGCAUGGACAUCCAGAGCACAGUGCGCGCUGUGUUGGCGGAUUCGCUCCGAGGCGAGGGCGGCGAGGGCGGGCACAAGCAGGCUCCUGUUUCGGAGCAAGACCUCUUGCAGGCACUGCACCAGCGUGGAGUGGUCGACCAAGUGAUGGAGCAGCUCACCUUCCGCCACGGGGAUUGGAAUGGCGAUAGUGGAGGAGAUGGUGUAAGAGAUGGCAGAGGUGAUUCAUCUCCACCCAAGCCGGCGACACAUGUGGUGGACACAGACCCAGCGCAGCUGCGGAAGACAAACAUCGACCCUGGCCGUAGGUACCUGCACUUGCGGGUGCUGGGUGGGCGCGCGUUCCUGGAACACCUGCACACGGGGCCGUCGCCUCCUGCCUCUCCACCUGCCGGCACCCCGGGGCGACCAGGCCCCACGCUCACACUGCACCUCAACUUCCGCUCGCAGCGCUUCCGAUCGAAGCCCGCUGCGUGCGCUUGCGAGCCGGACCUCCGCGACAGCUUCCUGCUGGAGCUGCACGACGGAUCGCGUGGAGAGGGCGGCAAGAUGGCCGACACGACUGCGCUACUGGGCAUGAGCGACCCCGUGCACCUGGUGCUGGUGAAGACUGACGAUGUCACCGUGGAGACGACCCUGGUGACCUCGCACCGCUUGGAGUGGCGGCAUGUGCUGGCCUGUCCCACGGCAUGCUGGGACACAGCCGUUGAACUGCAGGGAGUGGGGUCUGAGUCACGGGUGGCGGUGGGGGUUCUGCACCUGCGCUUGGAGCUGCACCCGCGUCUCGUUCACACGAUCACACCCGACGUGCUUAACACGCAGCUGGGAUUGGAGCGCCAGCGAGCGGCGGAGAAGGAACGUCUCUUUCUCGUCUACGCCAAGCAGUGGUGGCGGGAGUACCUGCAGAUUCGACCCGAACAUAACAGCCGUCUCGUCAAGAUCUUUGCUCAGGAUGAGAACGGUACAAACCGGCCGGUGUGCGCGUACGUGCGUCUCCUGCGAGCGGGGCGGCUGCUGGACUCGCCGCGACAGGCCGCCCGCUUUGUCAGCCUCCUGGGCUACGAGCGAGCUCAGGCGGUGGGCGGCGGCGCCCGCCACGAAAUGUGGAGCAGCACUUUCGCCUUCCUGUGCCGGGCAAAGGGCGACUGUGAGGACCACGCGAACCUCCUGUGCAGCCUCCUGCUGGGCUUUGGUCUCGACGCGUUCGUGUGCGUGGGCACCAAGGCGAAGGGAGAGCCGCACGCCUGGGUGGCCACCCGCUCCACCGACGGCACCACCACCUUCUGGGAGAGCCUCACCGGCCACAGGUACGCGCAUCGCCCGAUAAACCUGGACGACCCGCCACUCCCUCGCGCCCAGCAGCAGCAACAGCAACAGCACCACCCGUACCGCACGCUGGGCUGCGCAUACAACCACCGCGCCUUCUAUGCCAACUGCGGACCGACGCAUGCCGUCGACGCCACCCACUUGGACCUAGCGGACGGCACGCGCUGGAAGGCGAUGAGCCGGGACGCCGUCGCCUCCGUCACCGCCGCCGGGCCGGCGGCGUCGGCGCUGGCGCCGACGCUCCGCCCACCAUCCAUCGACCCCGCUGACGCCGCCAGACGGGUGGAGACGGAGCUGAGGCUGCUGGUGGAGGAUCACAGGAAGGACCUAGGCCUGCAGACGGCGUGGGACCCGGCGCUCGCGUACCUCCUCUUGCCGGCGCUCGCUGCCUACGAGUGCGAGCGGGCGGUCGGCGUCGCCCCGGGAAACGACGAGUUCCAGGAUGCCGUGCGUCGGUUCGUGCCGGACGGGCACACCUUCAAGGGCUUCCCCAUCCACUUGCUCUCCAGGAAUGCUCGCCGCGCGCUUGCGACGGCGCUACGCUCUCCGUUCUGCGACGAGAUCGUGAGCUGCCGGGGAGACGAGGUGCGUCUGGCGGUGCGAGCCCGCGUCUUCGUCUACCCGGAGAACGCCUGCGCCGUCUGGAUCAUGUUCGCCUGCACUUACCGCUCCGUGCUUUGACACUCGCACGGUGCGGGUGGAGUGAGGGGGUGCGGUGGGUGAUGGGUGAGAGGGCGGAGUGGUGGAAGAGAGGGUUCAGUGGUGGGCAAUGGGUGAGAGUGUGGAUGGGUGGGAUGAGAGGGAAGAUGGUAUGCAGUAGAUGAUCGCAAGCAGUUGUUCAACCUCAGUUUGUAAGAAUAUCCAGAUGACGUUUAUAUUUCGGUUCACCUGCAACAGUUUUUUAUUUUGUCCCAAAUGUAAAAUGUCAAAACAAUUUGCUUUUAUUUUGUAGACAAGUUUCAGCCAAUCCCAAGGAUGUGAUUUUUUUUUGACUAAUUAUUAAAUGUGGUAAAGCUGUGAUACAGGGGUUAUUGGACUAAAUAAAUCCCAGCCACAGCUGUCAGUGAUAACCUCAACCGGUCCUGAGAUCACCUUUUCACUAAUACUCGCUGGCCACCGUGGAGACGUAAAAAGUUUCUAGUUUUUUUUGUUUAGUAAUAGUGACUUGAGUCAAAAUACUAAAAGCAAAACUAAAAUAAAGUACAGCCAUGAAGUGAAAAUACAUUUCAACAAACAACGAUCAAAUGAGAAAUCAAAAAUAUUCCAAACAUAAAAUCUAUUACAUCAAGUUAAAUAUUAAAUUUCCAGCAGUGCAAAUUGUCUCGGGCAGGAUAAUGGGAAGGAAAGAGGGGGGAGAGAAACGGGAGGUUUUACAUAUGGUAACAAGUACAAUUUAUAAUGUGCUGCAAUGUUCAAGAACUUGAAGGUAGAGAAGAAGAGCACAUAGUCCUUCAUAUGUAACGGGCGUGCGCCUGAGCCGGUGUGAGCCUUGAGCUGAGAGUGGGAGAACUCUCCCAGGUUGCUUUGUGACAAAAGGUGCACAAACAACAACAACAACAAGGUGGUGAUCAGCUAAAGAAAAGAUGUGAACAGAGGGGCAGCAGGUGACGGUUUGAAUUUGAUUCGGUAAAUGAGGCCAAAGGUGCUACCUGCUCCACCGUGUACGAUAGCAGGGAAGGGUCGCGUCAAGGAGAUGGCCUAUUGAUGUCUGUGAGACCAGAGCAAUUGAAGAUGUCGCCCGCAAGGAUUAGGUUGCGAUUUACACCAAUGAUAAAGUGGUCGAGGAGGUCGGAGAGCUCUGACAGUAGGAGAUUAACGUUGCCCUCGGACCGAUGGCACAAGAAACAAUUUUUUUUUUCUGACCCCGGUUAGACAGGCCGACAGAGAAGAGAGCAAUUGGAGUACCAGUAUCUGAACUCCAUCAUCGUCUGAUGAUCUUGGCUAAUGAGCGGACAUGACCAAAGUCUUCUCAGGUGAGAAGUCCGUGAUGGUGUCGCGAAUUAGGACUGUAUUUCUGAAGACGGAGCACGAGUUCUGCCAGUCCCGACUCCGGCUUACUAGCCCGGAGUCGGGACUGGUUACCGAGGUAUCAGUUGCCAUGGCGCCCCCCUCAUUCUUUGCGUAAUUGUCCAGGCCCGCAGCCAAGGCAGCGUCGUCAGUGUCAUCCCCACACGGCUUGUUCCGUAGCAGAUCCAUGGUUAUUACGAUUUUAAAUUGGUACGAUUUUGGGACCGAAAAGCAUUGUAAUUGUAAUCUAUUACGCUUUCACGGUGACGAGUUGCCAUGUCCCACCCGUUUGUCGGAGGAGGAGGCACUGGGCCACUCUCGGUUCUCUGACCACACCGGAGUCGGUGAUUGCGCCUCUUUGCUGACGUAGGCCACCGCCAGGGGUAAGACCACCUCAGCACCCGUACGCACGCAGGGGGGGUUGAAGGGCGCGUUCAUGGACUGAACCUCUCCACCUGGGUUUCCAUCCCAGCAGCCUAACCAUGUGUGUCACCUGCGAGAGAGAAUUGGCAAAGUUCGGUGCGAGGUGGAAGUCCUUGGGCCCCUUGGAUAGUGCAAGGACUUUGCCGUAUAGCAGAACGUGAUAUCAGUCAUUACAAAAUGCACUUGUCGGCUUAAUAUCAUUGUUUGCAUUGUCUUCAUAUAUAUUAUUAUUGUGUUUUUCCCUUUAUAAUUAAGAUUUAUCUUGUAAAUGGCAAUGAAUAUAUAUUUUGCAGUAAAAUUAUUUUGUUCAAAAGAUAUACGUGGUGUUUGUGUUGAAAUUCAAAAGCUAAUUCAGCCUCGCUGCUCAAAAGAGCAAUUGGGUGACAACAGAGCCACUGUUUGAAAUUGCACUUUCCCGUGGAAGGGGCUAUGUGUUGAACAUUUAAAAUAAAUAAAUAAACAUUCGCUUGUACAACCCCAUCAGUCUGCUUCGAGGUCGUCCCCACACCGUACGAGUCUUGG